CCCCGAUCUGCCAGGCGCUGGAGCGUAUCCAAUUCCCCUCGAAAUCGCGCAAAAGUGGCUCCGCUCUAUCCCGCGGCCACAAUGGCGUCUGUUUACAAACCCGACGCAGGGAUCUCGUUCUAGAAGUUACGCAGGAGUGAGGUAACAUGUCCAACAUCCACGUGGGUCUGCCGUACCCCGGGGGUGUGGUGGAUCACUCAAGUAAUCUGGCUCAUGACAUUGGUGCUCUGUACCUCAACGAUGAGUACAGUGAUGUAACCCUGCAAGUUAAUGGACAGACUUUUCAUGCACACAAGGUCAUAUUGGCAGCCCGCAGCCAGUACUUUAGAGCUCUCCUGUUUGGUGGUCUUCGUGAAUCUCAUCAGACUGAAGUAGAGAUCAAAGACACAAAUUUAACGGCUUUUAAAGUCUUGCUAAAGUACAUAUAUACUGGUUGGGUUAGCCUCAACUCAGAAAAGGAAGAAACUGUCUUGGAUAUCCUAGGGUUAGCUCACCAGUAUGGCUUUGAGGAUUUGGAAUCCGCCAUCUGUGACUACUUAAAAGACACGCUUUGCAUUCUCAAUAUUUGUGUGAUAUAUGACAUGGCUUCUCUUUACAAUCUCUCAAAUCUAAAGGCUGUGUGUGAAGAUUUCAUGGACAAAAAUGCAUUAUCCAUUCUCAACCAUGAGUCUUUCUAUUCCCUUUCACCGACUGCUUUAAAGGCAAUUAUAAGCCGUGAUUCCUUCUGUGCUCUGGAAGUCCACAUUUUCCAAGGGGUUCACGAGUGGGUGGAGCGGAACUCAGAUCUCUCACAGGAGCAGAUACAAGACAUUCUCUCUCAGAUUCGUCUACCUCUCAUAAGUCUCACAGAUCUUCUGAAUGUAGUCAGACCAACAUCACUGAUUUCACCAGACCAAAUAUUGGAUGCAAUAAAGGCAAAAAAUGAAUCCAGAGACAUGGAUCUUCAGUAUCGUGGCUAUCUUAUGCCAGGGGAAAAUGUAGCAGUACCAAGCAAAGGUGCUCAAGUACUCCAGGGGGAAAUGCGUGCAAAUCUGUUGGACGGCAACGUUUCUACGUAUGACUUGGACCGAGGUUUUACAAGACAUCCCAUUGAUGAUAAUAAUGGUCAGGGUAUUCUGAUUAAACUUGGAAUGCAGUGUAUUAUCAACCACAUGCGAAUGAUGCUCUGGGAUAAAGAUCAAAGAGGGUAUUCAUACUACAUAGAAGUGUCAAUGGACCAGAAGGACUGGGUUCGUGUGAUCGAUCACACCCGCUACCACUGCCGGUCUUGGCAGUAUCUCUACUUCCCUGCAAGGGUAGUUCGAUAUAUAAGAAUUGUAGGCACCAACAACACUGUUAAUCGUGUUUUCCAUGUUGUCGCCUUCGAGGCCUAUUAUUCCAAACAAGAAGUUAAGCUACACAAGGGAUUGAUUGUCCCUACUGAAAACGUUGCACUCGUUACCAAGAGUGCUUUAGUGAUAGAAGGAGUAAGCCGUGCACGUAAUAACCUCCUGAAUGGAGACAUUCACCAUUAUGACUGGGAUUCUGGCUACACCUGUCAUCAGCUGGGAUCAGGGUCCAUAUGUGUCCAGCUUGGCCAGCCCUACUGGCUUUCAUCGUGCAAGUUGUUGCUUUGGGAUUGUGAUGACCGGUCCUACAGCUAUUACAUUGAGGCUUCUGUCAACAUGAGAGACUGGGAGCUGAUUGUUGACAAGACCCGGGAAGCCUGCAGGUCCUGGCAGACUCUGACAUUUCCUCCAAGAGCUGUUGUUUACUUCAAAAUUGUUGGAACUUUUAACACAGCCAAUGAGGUGUUCCACUGUGUGCACUUUGAGACCCCUGCUCAAGUUGGAUCUGAGAACCGUCCUAGAAUACGAGGAGUUGACCAUGCAGUUGCUCCAAUUAGGCCACAUCAUGGAGAGGAAUCGGGAGGUGAUGCAGCUGCACCAGAUGGACACAACAUGGGAAUGGAGCGUGCAGGUAGUAUAAAUGUGCCAGAAGGGGCAGGUGAAGGAUUAGGUGCAGGUCGUGUUAGGGAAAGAUCUGCCUCUAGUUCAAGAGCAGAACCAGUGGAGGGAUCAGUAGAUCAAGUGGAAGAAAAUGGCUUGAAUGCUGAAGGAGCAGGAGGCCUAGAUGUGGCAAACCCAGUUGAAGCUCACCAAGAUGUGGGGACAGACGAUGAAGAUAAAUAGUCAUCAAUAUUUCGUAUAGCUUUUAAUUGUGGCUUGCAAAUAUCCUUGAAUCUAGAAAAUCUUCAGAAGAGAAUAUUCACUUGGAAUAGUUAAUUGUGAAUUAAUGAAGAUGGAG